AUGCCGUCGGUUUCGAAAGCGGCGACUGGCGCUUCUCCUCAGACGGAGAAACCGUCUCACUACACAUACCUGAAGGAGUUCCGGACGGAGCAGUGCCCGUUGUUCCUGCAGCACAAGUGCGCGCAGCACAGGCCCUUCACUUGCUUUCAUUGGCAUUUCCUCAACCAGAGGCGCAGGAGACCCAUCAGGAGGCGGGACGGUACCUUCAACUACAGCCCGGACGUUUAUUGCACCAAAUACGACGAGACGACGGGGAUAUGUCCGGACGGGGAUGAUUGUCCAUAUCUUCAUCGAACAACUGGAGACACAGAAAGAAAGUAUCAUCUACGCUAUUAUAAGACGGGUACGUGCAUCCAUGAAACCGAUGCUCGUGGGCACUGUGUGAAAAAUGGCCUUCACUGUGCAUUUGCUCAUGGCCCACAUGAUCUUCGACCUCCGGUGUAUGAUAUAAGGGAACUCCAGGCGCAGGAAGCUUUACAGAAUGGACAGCUCGGGGCAGGAGAAGGGCUUCCUGACCUACAGCCCGGUGUUCUGGCCAGCCAGGCCAUGAUAGAAAAAACCCUGUCUGAAGAUCCUCGAUGGCAGGAAACGAACUUUGUGCUAGCAAAUUACAAGACAGAACAAUGUAAUAAACCUCCUAGACUCUGUCGUCAAGGCUAUGCUUGUCCUCAUUAUCACAACAGUCGGGACAGAAGGAGGAACCCUAGAAAAUUUAAAUAUAGAUCAACGCCAUGUCCCAAUGUAAAGCACGGGGAUGAAUGGGGUGAGCCCACCAAAUGUGAGAGUGGAGAUAACUGUCAGUACUGUCACUCUCGCACCGAGCAACAAUUUCAUCCCGAGAUCUACAAGUCUACAAAAUGUAAUGAUAUGCGUCAGACUGGAUACUGCCCCCGCGGGCCUUUCUGUGCAUUUGCUCAUGUUGAACGGAUUCCGUCUACUGAAGAGGUUCAGAUCAUGAAUCAGGUCGCCUCCAUGAUGCAGGCAGGACCUGGAGCAGGAGCUCAACCCAAGCAAAGCACUCGGCUUUAUUCUACCGAAAGUCUGGGAUCUGCAAAUGACUGGGGCACGAGUAUAAACUCUUCUAAUAACGGACAGGCAGGAAAUGUUUCAUCCUCCAGCAGCCCAACGGUUACAUCCAGUUCAGGUAGUAACAGUUCAUUGUCUCCCAUUGGACGAAUAAGUCGGCUCAAAUCUUUCACUAAUGGUAGUUUAUGUUCAGAUCCAGCGACGUCCAGUGUCUCCUCACCAACAUCAACAUAUCCCAAAGCACCAGGGUUUGAACGGGAAGAUCAGGCAAAGCAACAAAAGAACCAAACACUAGAGAAUAACCAGAAAUUAAAUGAACAAGAUGGGAAACAGAAUCUUUUAAGUGUGUUUUCAGUGGUGAACCCACUGACCUCCAGUAUAACGUCUAGUCUGGCAUCUAGUAUUGGAUCAGACACUUCAUCCCCCUCCACCUUGUCAACAAUGAAUGCCAAAGCAGUUCCGUUUUACCCCGCUAGCAAUACAGUAGAAUCAGUAAUUGGUUCUGCUUUAGAUUUGCAUUUUAGUGAUGUAAACGUUGCCUCUCUUGAUAAAGAAUUAGAGGAUCAAGAUAACAGUGACAUAGGAUUAAAAGGUCAGAGGCUAUUAGGCAGCUCGGCUCCUGUGAAUAUUCCGGGAUCACUCGCUCGGUCCUCCUCCUUACACUCUUCCUCCUCCCUGUCGGCCUCUCCACUCGGCUCCCUCUCCCAGUCCUUCCUGUCGUCCAGCAUGGCCCCACAGCAGCCAUCACAGCAAUCCUCAAAGUCUGACCACACACUUCUGGGCACCUCGGCCUCCUCCCACAGCUCCUUAGGUUUAAACGGUGUCAGCGGCAGCAUCUGGGAUCACUUUGUGAGCGGGAACUUUUCGCCCACCCCCUCCCCCGUGUUCAGCAGCAGCAACACCAACGCCAACAGCGGCUCCAGCAGCAACGAGCUGAGCAGAGUGCGGAGGGAGCUGGAGGAGGCCAAACGGAAGAUUAAGCAGUGGGAAGACUCCUGGCAGCAAGUGAAGCAGGCGUGUGAUGCGUGGCAGAAGGAAGCCCAGGAAGCCAAAGAGAGGGCAAAAGCUGCGGAUGGUGACCGGUUGUUAGUAUCACAGCAGAAGGAGGAGGUGGAGAAACAGCUGAAAAAGCAGCAGGAGGACUUUGAUGCUUUAUAUCGAAAUCCAAAUUUUCCCCUUUUAAGAAACUUUGGGGAUAUAGACAAGCUUCCUUUACCAAAGCUUCAUUCUAUACAAAGUCAAUUGCGUGCAGAUCUGGACCUUGUAGAUGGGGUAAUUUAUCAGCUCCAGUCGAAGAAAUGCAUAGUUUGCCAAGAGCGGGACCGUUCCAUACUCCUUCAGCCUUGCCAGCAUUAUGUCCUCUGUGAGCACUGUGCACCUAACAACAUUGAAUGUCCCUAUUGCAAAACUAAAGUCAUGAAUUGGUGAUGAAUAUAUUCUAGGUACAUGGAAUCUAGCCUUUUGAAGAACGACUACACUAUCCUAACAAUGAAAGCUGCAGUCCCUGCAUGUCAGAAUGCUUCAUAAUCACACGCCAAGUAGAUCCUAUGCUUGAAAGCGCAAUGGUCAGGCCUCUACUUCCUCUCCAAUUAAAUUGGUGAGUGUUUUUUUAAAAAAAAAGCUUUUACUUUUUCUGUUGAUCCUAAGUCUAUAAACCCAGAAAAGCAACUCGCUCAGUCACUCAGCCAGGCAAUGUUAGGUGACUGAUUGAGGUUUUUUUUGGGUCCAUAAUGAUAUCAGUACAUCAUUGUCAUUUUGCCCGGUUGUCCUGUGUUUACAAAUGAGUCCUUGCGACGUGCAUUAAAAAAGGAAUGCCCCC